AUGGUGUGCGCGAUUUGCGAGGGUAGGUGGUCGCGUGGUGGUCCGCGGCUGAUGUGCCCCCGCACUCCCCCAGCGCCGGCGGGUGGCAGCUACGCGGGCGCCCUCCGCGGCCGUCGGCCGGACCACAUGACAGGUACCCCGCACACGCACACCCCACACCACCCAGCACACCCGCCCAGCACACCCUCCGCUUCACCCACUAACACCCAAGCCGGCGCCGCGGCGCGCUCGCUCCGGCCCAGCGCCGCAGCGAGUGUUGCCCUCUCGUAUUCGGAGCGCGCGGCGGAACUGGGCGCGGCGGUGAGCGGCUCCCCGCCGAGGGGCGCGGGGGGCUUCGACCUGCGCGACCCCUCGCACUUCCCGCCGAUGCGCGCCCCCCACGCCCCCGCCCCCGCGCCCCCCCCCGCACAGCGCCGACUAGCCGCCCCUCACCCGCCCCUCCAACAGAACACGGACCGACACCCGCCAGGGAUGGCGACCGGC